AUGGCAACCAACGGCGGUUACAGCCUCAAACAACUAGAAAGAGGUGAUAGAUGGCCUUACCGUGAGCAUUUUGUUCUCACUCGACUUGUUUCCGACGGUCAUAGUUCUGACUUCGUUCUUGGUGGGGUUUCUUCGGCCGUUCGCGACUUAACCGGAGCAGCAGAGGAGGUGGCGAUGGCGUUCAAUGACAAGGUGGUGGAGGCUAGAAUGGUUACGCCUGGUGGUCUUGAUCAAUCGGAAAUGAGAAGGAAGUGUGCGGUUGGAGAUUUGACAAGCGGCAGAAAAGAGAUCGUGAGAUGGUGGCGGCUGUAA